AUGGAGAGCUGCCAGGUGCAAGGCAAGCCUGAGCUGUACGGGCUGGGCCUCCGGGUGGCUUUCUACAUCCAAUGGUUCGGGGCAAUCAUCGCGGAAUACCUCGAGGUCGCCGGCCUACCUGACAUACGCUUCAUCGGCCUGCUCCUCUCCACGGCCGCGUUUCUCGGUCUUGUUGUGAAGGUGUCCACAGAACCGCUGGAGCCCGCCGACAUCUAUAUUGUCUACCUGCUGGGGAUGGGCGUUUACUUCUUCCUCGUCCCGCUGUACAUCUGGAGGGCAUUGACCUGUUUCAACCCGUACUGGAACCCGUUCAGGUGGGCCAAAGAAACGCCCAGUCCCGCCUUCAAGGGCCUCAACUUUACCCUGCUCCUGGCAUGGACUGCCGUGGGCAUCUGGUUCUGGUGCUCGUUCGUCCCUGAGAACUCCUGCUCGCAAUCUCAGUACGGCUUCUUCUUUAGUCGCGUCAGCCUCGGCAAUAAGGCCUUCAUCGCCUUUAACGCGCUCCUGUGCUUCAUCAUCCUGCUGGUCUGCGUGUUAGUACUCCUGCUGAAGACGGGAUGGAAGGUGCCGUUCUGGCGCGAGAAGCGGAAGAAGCGCAGAAUCAAGCGGAUGCAUGUCAUGGUGGUCAAGGAGCUCAAGACGCUCAGCAACAUCGCCGUGGCCGCGACACUCACGGCCGCCGUUGAGCUUACUGUUGCUUGGAAUCACAUAUCAGACGUGAACAACAUCUCCGACGUCGCCCAGAUCUUCCCUCUUCUCGUCAGCGCCGGGUUCCUGGUGCGGGUGAUGUUCCUCCACUUCGCGGGCGCGAACGAGGCGUCGGAUUCUUCCUCUGAUGAGGAGAGUGAUGGCGGGUCGAAUAGUUACACGACGGAGUCGCAAGCCGGGCCGCCGCCGCCACCGCCUGUUCAUCCUCGGAAGUAG